AUGGAAAACAACUUCUCGACCGACUCUCAACGGGGUAAAAACAAAAGCCCCAAUGCGGAUGGCUGCUUCACGAGGAAAGGUGCCCCCAACAAAAAGGGCAAACAGGAGGCGGACUACAGCACGUUCGGCACCAACACCAUAACGCGGAAGAAGAAGGCGGUGGUGACGCUGCGCCACAGCGACGUGGCGCGCAAGCGGCCCCUCAUCGGCAAGCCCCUGGACUUCCGCCCCGUCUCCUCCAUCAUCGACGUGGACAUCCUGCCCGAGUCCCACCGCCGCGUCCGGCUCUACCGCCACGGCUCGGACAAGCCGCUGGGCUUCUACAUCCGGGACGGCACCAGCGUGCGCGUGACGCCGCACGGCCUGGAGAAGGUCCCCGGCAUCUUCAUCUCCCGCCUGGUGCCCGGCGGCCUGGCCGAGAGCACGGGCCUGCUGGCGGUCAACGACGAGGUCCUGGAGGUGAACGGCAUCGAGGUGACGGGCAAGUCGCUGGACCAGGUCACGGACAUGAUGAUCGCCAACAGCCACAACCUGAUCGUGACGGUCAAGCCGGUCAACCAGCGCAACAACGUGGUCCGCAGCAGCCGCAUCUCGGGCAGCUCGGGCCAGUCGUCCGACAGCGGCGGCUCCACCGGCUACCCGACGCUGCCCCUGGCCUCGGCGCGGGAAAUACACUCGGGCGCGCACGCCUACCACGACGACCUGGAGAGCGACGAGGACACGGACAUCGUCAUCGAGAGCAGCCUGAAGCGGCCGUCCCAGCGGUCCAACGCCUCUUUAGCGUCCGGCGUGUCCGGCGCGUCCCGCUCGCACCAGCAGGCGCCCAUGACGGCGCCCAGCCCGCCGACACCGCCCAGCCCCCCCACGCGCCCGCUAUCGGUCGUGUCCAAUGCCUCCAUUUACUCCCAGACCAGUCUGAACGGAGGGUCCUACCACCACCACCAGCACCAGCACAGCGGCCUGAGCCAGCAGCUCCACAGAGACCUGAACCUUAAGCACGGCCUGCCCCCCCCCGCACGGCCCCCACCCCACGCAGCCCCUGCACCACAGCAGCAACCCGGCCCUCCGCCACAGCAACGGCAGCCUGCACAAAAUCCUCAGCUCCCUGAAAACGGACCCGCGGCACAGCCUCGCGCUCCCCAAGGGAGGGGUGGAGGAGGACGGCACCGUCAUCACCCUAUAAUACUUAAAAAACGCCAGAAACUUAAACCUCCCAGAGACUAA